AAUCUAGGUCUGAAUCAGAAGGAGAAGUUUUGCAGCAACACCAACCUGGUAGCACAGGGUCCUAAAGAUACAUCCCUGGAAAUACAGGAGAAAAGUUCAGCCAGCUCAAAUAUACAAAUAUUUUGGGAUUGGGUUCCUUUAAAAUGAAAUGAAAGAGGAACCUGACAGAGACAAUCUGCCUUUCCCAUAGGUCUGUUUUCCGAGACUCUUUUUUGUUAGUCAUUUCCUGUACAAAGCCAAGAAUAGAUUAUAACCAGAAGACUGAUACUGUUAAACGCAAUGAAACAGUUCCCUGUUUGCAAGGACCUUUGAGAACAUGACCUGCUUGGCUAACACAGAUCAAAAUGGUUUGUGAAAGGACUUGAGAAAGACCUCAUGCUGGAUGCUGCACGGGCUCACCAAGGCAGGCUUCAGUCCAGUUUUCCAAGUAGUGAUUCCAGGAAACCUCAUGGAGAUCCCAUCAUAAAGGCGGCAGCUGGCAAGCGCGAGGUGGUGUGAGUUUGCAGCGCGUCUGCUCCAGUGAAGUUCUCCAGGCUGCGAGAAGAAAGAAGCUGUGUGAGGGGGAAGGAGAAGCAGCAGAGGUUUCGUAAUGAGCACGUUGUUCCCUGCCACAGAAAGAGCCGGCCCUGCUGGCUGGAGCCAGCCCGGUGGGACAGCAUAUAACGGCAGCUGGCAUCACAGGCUGCUGAGGUGUGAGGACAGUCUCUACAACUGGACUGACUGUGAAGCUGGUCACUUUGGCAAAGUCCUUGGCACGCUGCUCAUCUGCUUCUGUGGGCUGCCGGGGAAUGGGGCUGUCUUCUGGUUCCUUGGCUUCCGCGUCCGCAGGAACCCCGUCACCAUCUAUGUCCUAAACCUGGCCAUCGCCGACUUCACCUUCCUCCUCACCAUCGCCAUCGCCCUUGUGAUAUUUUACGGCCCAGAGAGCCUUCGUCACCAGCUGGGCUCGCAGGAUGUGACAACUGUGCUGAACAUCACCAUCCUCUUCACUUUCACCGCCAGCGUCUACCUCCUGGUAGCCUUCAGUGCCAUGACAUCUCUGUCCAUCCUCCCCCAGGCUCGCUGCCCCUGCCAGCGCAGCCAGCACUUGCCAGUGCUCGUGUGCACCCUGCUCUGGGCCCUCUCCUUCCUGCUCACCAUGACCAUCUACUUCCACCCUGCAGCGCUCACUGUCUUCAUCUUGAGCUACCUCUUAUCAGUGCUUAUCUUGAUUUUUUCUGGUCUAACCCUGCUUGCCAGGGUCUUGUGCUGUUCGUCGCAAUAUCCCCCAAAGAAGCUCUGUGUUGUGGUCCUGCUAGCUGUCUUCUUCUUCCCCUUCUUCACUGCUGAUUUUGGUUACUGGCUCUUGCUAAGGCUGUUUGAAUUUUCUGUUUUUGUCUUUGGUGCCUCUCUCCUGUUCGCCUGUGUGAACAGCAGCAUCAAGCCUGUUAUUUACAUCCUGGCUGGGAGCUGUGCAAACAAGUUCACGUUUUCUCUUAGGGUUGCUUUCCAGGGGGCUUUUGAAGAUGUAACAGAGCCCCAAAACAGAGGUGAAACUCCCAGAGAAAACACAUUAGAAACAGUUGUUUAAACCUCUGCAGCCUCUCCCUGAGAGAAGAUGCUCUAGGGGUGGAGGUGUCCUGUGAGCCGAGGCGAGCCGAGGAAGAUGGCUUUCGUGCGGGUCUGGCUGCAGAUGAACAGAAUUAGCUGCAGCACAAGGAAGCGUGCUGGGUGGCACGGGAACUCCUGCCUGGGCUGGACACUGGGCAGUGUGAUGAAAUACCCAUCAAAACCUUCUGCUUUGAAACCUUUGCUUUGAAUCUGUCCUAUCCAACGGUUCUGAGCUUCUCCUGUCUCAAAAGUGAGCUUGCUCUACCCUGCGCACUAUUAAGACAGAACCAUGGAUGGUCUUUGCUCCUGCCAGUGGGGUUUUUUUGGUGUGUCUACUUAAAAGCAGAGUGCGGGUGGAUAAGAAAGCUUGGCACAGCAGGGCAGAACAGUUCCUGGGCAAACCCUUGUGUGUGCAUCUCCAGCGGGUGCUGACACGUGUAAGAAUAUGUGGAGACUUCACCUUCAGCUUUGUUACUGGGCAAGUAGGCAUGUGUUUGGGAUUGCCCCUGGAAGGCUUUCCCCAAAAUGCAUUGCUUCUGCUGUAAAUUGAGUUUUGUUUGCACAUCACACGGGCCAUCUACAUGCAAACGUUUAUGACUGGAAGUGCCUUUUGUGGUUCCUCCCACUUUCCUUCGGGCUUUCUGGAUGAGCAAAUGCUAUUUCGCAACCGUGACCUGAGGUCUGUAUGCACUUCUGGUGCGUCUGUUCCUCAUCUAGAUAAACAACAGAAGUGGGGUUAAAAUGAAACAACCCAAAAAACCCAGCUCUGCCUGAAGACUCUUAAAUACAAGAUUUUUCAUGUGAAAGAGGAUACAAGGAGAGAGAAGGAAAACAAUGGAAAGGACCCUGUUGAGGCCAUGAGGGCUGAAUCCCUGCAGCCUGGCUCAGGCACUCCCUGGCUAAAAGGCAGUGCUUUCUCUGCUUCUCUCUCCCCCCUGUGUCAGCCCUUGCUAUCAAGAAGCUGGGGGAUAGACCAGCUCUCAUUUGCCUGUGGACAAAGCCACCAACAAACCAUUGCUUUCAAGUUGGUUUUGUUUCCUGGUACGACUCCCCACCAGGCUGCACUAACUUUAGUAUGAGCGCAAGGGAAAGGUUGGGAAGAUGCAGCUGGCAGAGACGUGUGGAGGGAGAAAAGGCAUCAGCAGAGCAGACCUAGGAGCUACUGAUGCCAUGGCCUCUGGGACCUGGAUGGUGACAGAAGUUUCUCUGCCCUUUGGCUCGUCCCUCAGCCCAGAGCUACAUGUCACCAGACAGGCUGGAAUGUAAAUCAAUAACUUGUCACAGUACAGGUACAGAGCCAUGAUAACUAAACCUAUAAAACUCUUGGUUUUACAACAAGAAGCUCAGAUAGGUAAUGACCUGGGUGACUCUGCAGGCAAGGGAGAUCCUGGGAAGCAGGAAAAGCACGCAGGAGGAUCAUGGUCCUUCUGCACCUGCCUUGGGAGACACUCCUGGAUGAUGGGAUCCCUUUCCUGGACAACAGAUUGUAACUCAGAAAGUUUUUAAUUUCCAAAGGACAGGAAAGUGAGAGAGGGAGAAAUAAACCCCUCUCAAUUAUGGGAGACUCCUGCCCUGUUCUGUAAAACAACUCUGUUAAUAAAUUCUUCUUAGAUGUUUA